AGUAGAACGUUCCCUUUUAAGUUGUGAUUAAUGGUGUAUCUGGUGUUGGCGUUGGCGACGAUGACGGCGCCCCGCGGGGCCCUCUCCGACGACCCCGAGGAGGAAUCCAACGAGGUGGCGGCGCCCCCGUCGAAGGUCAACCUCGACUCGAACCUGCGGCGCGCCCUGCUCAAAGCGCUCACCGAGCUGGAGAACGAGGAGGCCUCCAGGGAGGAUUCCGGCUCGAGCGACAUCGUGGAGAAGGCGUCGGCUUCAUCGGUGUCCAUUAUAUCGCACGAUGACGGCGUGACGGUAGCUCCGGAUUUCCCCACCACCACCACCUUUCAACCGGAGAAGGUCACGGUGGUGUUCCAGAGGAGCCAGAGCCACGAGCAACCCACCAUCACGACGCUGGAGAAGGAUUAUGGCGAUGAGGAAAGCAUCCAAACGAGCGCUACCAACAACUUCGGCAACCAACCGUUCGGUAAAGACAGCCAAUCGAGCAAAACCGAGAAACCGCCAAACCAAAACUCAAUUUUUAACGAAGAAAAAACCUUCACCAAAACCCAAAAACCCCUUCAAAUCGACGAAAGCGAAGCUAAAGUUGAAGACGUCCAGUUCUUCUCCGCUCCACUAGUAGCAGCUUUUACCGUACACCAAGACGAAGCGGGUCUACCGAAGAAAGUAGAACCGAUAUUCCGAACGCACAUACCCACCAAAUCCCAGGAGCAAAUCAUCAUCGAGAAAGAGCAGCAAAUCAAGCUGGCCAAGCAGCAGGAGCACGCCCAACUGGUGCAACAGCAACGCGAGAAAAUCCGCUUGGAGGAGCUGAAGCGCCACCAGGAGAAGUUGCAGCUGCAACAGAAGCACAAGGCCUUAGAGGAGGAGAUCUAUAGGUUGAAUUUGAGCCUGAGGCAACAGCAGCAGAUACUGCUGAAGCAACAGGAGGAGUUCAGGGCUCGCGCGAAUCCCUUCGUACCCCUCCAAUCGGUGCCUUUCAACAACCAACAGCAGAAUUUCAAGCCUAACGUCGCCUUUAAUCAGCCGGCUGACGCCGGGAAAUUGCCUGCUAACGGACAGUUUCUUCCUGUUAAAGGCCCGGUGGAUUUCAGAACGCCUUUUCCCAUUUCGAACAACAAUUUCAACGAACAAAUCCAAAGCAACAGAGUCUUCAGGCAGAACAUAGGCUUCGGCAAUUUCGGUUUCAACAACAACAACAACAACUUCAACAGGAACCCCAACAGCUUCUCCAUCCAGCCGUCCAUAACGCCGAAUGUGAACAACAAUUUCAGGAACCAGCUGCCGAUACAACAACCCAACAGGUUCUUCAGGUCCAACAACAACGCGGAGGCCUCGUUUUCUUCGUUCCUCCAGCCACCGAAUCCUCCGGUUCAAGCGCAGAACACAAGGUUCUUCAGAUCGAACGCGGAUCUGCCGGGGCAGAACUACCAGUUGAGCAAUUUGCUGUACAAUUCGGGCGCCUUUCGCGGCAAAUCCUCCGAAGAUUUGAACCUCAUCAGCAAAGUUUUGUCGCUACAUCACGACGGAGGGGCUGGAUUAUCGUUGAGACCCGAACUGAGGCAGCAGCAAUUCGCGAAUCGAUUUUAGAACGGGGGAAACCCCCGACGGGGAGUUUAUUUAUUUAUUGAUUAGUAGAGAGGUAUAGCGUGUGGUCGCGAUGAUAUUAGAUUGUUUGUGUAUUGGGAAGGAGUUUUUAAUAAUAUAUAAAUAGUUUAAGCUCGUCAUGACACGCCCUGUAUAGUCAUAAUUUAAGUUGUUCUGUCUCAGUGCCAAAAACAAUCUGGUAUUAGAUGUACAAAUAAUUGUUAAUCCCAGUAAAUUAGAAGGAAGGUCAUUUACCAUUUGUAGUGUUUACCUUUCUGUAAUUUAUAACAUCUUUUUCUUGUUUAUAUUUA